GAGAUGAAGCCGGCGGUGGACGAGAUGUUCCCCGAGGGUGCCGGGCCCUACGUGGACCUGGAUGAGGCCGGCAGCAGCACCGGGCUCCUGAUGGACUUGGCGGCCAAAGAAAAGGCGGUUCACGCCGACGUCUUCAAUGAUUUCGAAGAUCUCUUUGAUGACGACGACAUCCAGUGA